UGGAGCAGCGACGGCCUGACCUGUUUUAAAAAGUUAAAUUAGCCUGUUUUUGUCUUUUUGAGCUGCAUAUAGACGCUCUCAUGGAUUUCUGCAGGAGAGAGAGAAAACACUGCAAGGCCGCUUAUGGAGAUCAUGGAGCUCAAAGGGCCUUUGGGCUGUUCACAGGAGCCAACCCGCAGAACUACUGGAAACACAUCCCAGAUGGUUCGGGCACAGCCUGCUCUCCGCUGGUUAGCAGAAUGCUGUUUGCUCCAGAGCAGCAGGAUCCUCUGGCUGCCGUGCCCAGUGUUGAUGGGCUUAUUCUGGGCCUGCUGUCUCUGACCUUCCCUUCCCGGAACCAGCAGCCCUGGAGCCACCCAGAGUUCCAGUGGUCGACCCAGCCCUGCUCCCAAACGCCCUCGUUGGAUGUCUUGGGUGCCUCAAAAGGCAGUGAUUCGGGUCAGCAGCACGCCUUCCAGGCCCUUGAGUCUGCAUCUAGAAAACCACUGGAGCACUUCUCCAGCCUGAAGGCGGCGCUCGAACCUCACUCUCUGCUACACUCGGGAUCCAGCAGCCCCGUCAACUCAGAGAACUGCAUGAUCUCAUCAGGAUCUGACCACCUGGGUUCUCUCAGAGUUUCUCCUCCAUUGCCCCUGAUGCUGCCUGGACUGCAGGUGGAGGAUGUGAAACUGGACACAGAUGCCUGCUUAAAGCAGAACCCCCUGAACACCUUCACAAACGCUUCCAGUGCUCAGGCCGAGGGGCCAGUGGUUGGGUGCUGGUCCACAGAUCCUAUCUGGCCCAGCUGGGACACUUUGGCCUUGAACAAACCCAGGUUCUGCAUCAAGAGAGAGGCACAACUGCAUAAACAAGCUGCAGCUGUAAAUGAAGCCACUUACACCUGGGAAGGAAGCCUUCCUCUACGCCACUACAAAAACCCUGUUUACUCCUGUAAAGUGUUUCUGGGAGGAGUGCCAUGGGACAUCACAGAGGCGAGUCUGUUGAACACAUUUAGUGUUUUUGGUCCAUUGAAAGUGGAUUGGCCUGGUAAAGAUGGAAAUCAUCCACGUUUUGCUCCACAAGGUUAUAUGUAUCUGCUGUUUGACUGGGAGGAGUCAGUGAAGUCGCUCCUGCAGGCCUGUGCUCAGUCUGAUGAUAAUCUUGAGUUCUACUACAAAUUGUCCAGCAGGCGGAUCCACAGCAAAGAUGUGCAGGUCAUCCCGUGGGUUAUCUCAGACAGCAGUUUCAUCCACCUCCCCAUCCAGCGUCUGCCCCGCAGUAAGACGGUGUUUGUGGGUGCUCUGCAUGGGACGUUGAAUGCAGAGAGUCUGGCCCACAUCAUGGAAGAGCUCUUCGGAGAGGUCAUGUAUGCAGGCAUCAACAUAGACAAGGACAAAUAUCCGAUAGGGUCUGGGAGAGUGACGUUCAGAAGUCAGAGGAGCUAUUUGAAAGCUGUGACUGCAGCGUUUGUGCAGAUAAAAACCUUUAAGUUUACCAAGAAGGUCCAGAUUGACCCUUAUCUGAGUGACUCCAUGUGCCAAAUAUGUAACAGUCUGCCCGGCCCGUUCUUCUGUAGAGCUCAGGCAUGUUUUAAAUACUACUGUCAGUCAUGCUGGUAUUGGCAGCAUUCUCUGGACCUGUUGAGCAGCCAUCAGCCUCUCAUGCGCAACCAGAAGGGCCUGAACCUAAAUAAACCCACCGCUGCCGGCGUGGGGAAGAGUCUUGACUGAGUUCACUGCUUUGGGGAAGGAUUUUACCGUGAGACAAGAGCAACUCACUUGAGGAAGUCGUUUUAUUGCACUGCUAUUGUUCAUUAAGCUUCUAUAAACUCUAAAGGGUUCAUUGAUGGUGACCCGUUUGCAGUUAACCAGACAGCCAUGAUCAUGGAGAUCUGAUUUUAAGAUUUGUGUUUUAGAUUUUGCAUGCACAGGUGUGGUUACUUACAAACAUUCAGAUUGGACAAAAUAAA